AUGGGGAGCUCGGCGUCGAAAGCAACGAGAACCCUUCCCAAGAAGAAGCCUUCGUGGUCGGGGGCGAGGACAGGCGAGAUGCCUCCUCCUCCGCCUUCAAGACCACGUCCCGUCGCAAGCGAGACGAAGAACGACGCUAUCAUGGAGGACGCGGGUGACCCUCAUCUCCUCGCGAACCUGCGGACACUUGGCGCUGUGAAGGUUGACCACCACAUGCAGACUGCCUCUGACGGCACCGCCAAGAUGCUGCAAACGCGAGCUGAGGCUGACGAAGAGGCUGCAUCGUUCACGCUCAACCGCAAUCACCUCUUCUCCUACGCGCUCACGCAGCUGCUGGAGGAGAGGAAGACAACACCCGUCUCCGUGCUCGCGGAGAAGUACAACAUCGACGCUGCGAAGAUAGAGUCCCUCUGCCGCUUCGUAAAUGUGCCGACGAUUGAUACCGCAAGACAAAGACGGACAGUGUUGAAGAAUGGGGAGGAGUAUGUGGAAUCACCGGUACGUGUUAUGCGCGUCUGUUCCUUGAAAGAUCUGACCGUCGUUCAGGUGAUUUGGGUCGAGCCUCCAAAGACUGCGUAG